CACCACCACAGCCACCAUCACCAUCAUGCCCGCGGCUCCAUGGUGCCAGCGGCCGUGCCUCGGCUGGUGCCCGAGACGGGCGGCACCCUGCUGGGGGGCAUGGCCCAGAUCACGCCCUCCCUCUUCCUGAGCCGCGGCAAUGUGGCGUCUAACCGCAGCCUGCUGCUGUCCAAGGGCAUCACCUGCGUGGUCAAUGCCACCAUUGAGCUGCCCAACUUUAAUUGGCCGCACGUGGAGUACGUCAAGGUGCCGCUGGCCGACAUGCCGCACUCUCCCAUCUCGCUUUACUUCGACAGCGUCGCCGACAAGAUCCACAGCGUGGGCCGCAAGCGGGGCGCCGUGCUGGUGCACUGUGCCGCCGGCGUCAGCCGCUCGGCCUCGCUCUGCCUGGCAUACCUCAUGAAGUACCACCGCGUGUCCCUGGCCGAGGCCCACGCCUGGGUCAAGGCCCGCCGGCCCGUCAUCCGGCCUAACGGCGGCUUCUGGCGCCAGCUCAUCGAGUACGAGCGCAAGCUUUUCGGCAGGAACUCAGUCAAGAUGGUGCAGACGCCCUACGGGGUCGUGCCGGACGUCUACGAACGGGACCACAGGAGUCUGGCCCCCUACUGGGGCAUGUAGGGAAUGACGGCCUAACUCGCUGCUUGGUGGGUGGUCUUCCGAACUGUCUCCGCCCUCCUCUGUCUCAAACUCCACCCCUUCUGUGUUGCCCACCUCUCCAAUAGAACAUGUGCACCUUUCAGAAAGGCAUCCAGCAGCGUUGAGUGUGAGGGAGGCUACUUUUGGUCCUUCUGAACAACGCCCCCCCCCCCUCCGUUUGUGCAGGCGGGUGGCAACGACCCACCUCACCUCAAACUGCCCUCAGGGGCCUCACUCAGUAAGGCCCGCCUUUCCUGACUGGGUGGUGGGACUCAACCCAGCAUCAUGUGAUGGUUUUGUGACAGUCUUGCUAUGGUGUUUUAGUGUUUGGGACAAACAUACGUUAAUUAAAGUUGAAUGAAUGAAAGUUACAACGAUGAAUGAUUCACAUGUUACAUUUAUAUAGUGCUUUACAGAACCAAUGGGGAGCCACCACCACCACCACCGAGUUGCACCCAACUGGAUGAUGCAACAGCAGCCAUUGUGUGCCAGUACAAGAGAGAAGGGUUGGGGGGUGGCCUGGUGGUGUAGUGGUUAGCACUGUUGCCUCACACCUCUGGGACCAGGGUUCAAGUCCCUGCCAUGACUGGAUGCAGCUCUGCUCCAGCUAGGCCCCAGCCCCCCCCAAUAAGACAGUUGAAGAAGAUGGACAUAACAAAUGAGUAGAGGGGGAGGGCACAAAGGGUAAUUUUGGCAAUCUGUGAAGCAUAAUAAUUUUGGCCUUAUCAAAAGACACCCAUCAAAGACCUGCCACUUCACAGCCCAACCAAACCCCUGCAGCACAGCAUCCCCAUCACUGCACUGGGCUCCAUAGGUCUCCCAUCCAAGUAGUGGCCAGGCCCAAACCUGCUUAGCUUCAGAUGGAUCAGCCAACCUGAACUGCAGGAGCUAUGGCUGCUAACAAGCAGAACUCCUCUCUUCAACAUGAUAUGCCUACAGUCAGACAGCAGUAUGUAAAGUGCUGCAUGCAGAAUCCAGCAGAGAGCUGCAGGAAAUCCCACUUAGAACUGUCAAACAAUACGUAUGGUUGAAUACGGCAGACCUUAAACCAAACCGUGUACUGCUGUAAGUGCUCGUAGUCACAUGGUGAAGCGUCUGCUUACUGGUCUCUCCAGUAAGGGGUGGUGCACCUGUAGCUGCUUGGGUGCAGUGUUUCACUGCUAUGAAGGUAAAGGUGGGGCAGCCGUGCUGGCUGGAUGGAGUGGGGGGCUGUGGCCCUGAGGGGACCCACUGUCUGAGCUGGCUGGGGGGCCCCUAAUUAAGUGAGCUGUCAUUAAAUACUCAAUAUUUAAAGCACAAGUGAGUCAAGCCGUCGUGAGGAAGGAAAUCUGCUCUUUUUGGCUUGUUUGUGCCUCUCAGAACUGAACAAUGUGUUUGUCAAAAAUCAGCUGUAACAAACUGCUUCUUCAGGCUUGUUGUUCUUGAGGCAGACAUACCUCUGGGGCACGUUCCAGAUGGCAAUUAUCCCGAGGAGCCCAGAUUGUGCCGUGGUGGAGCCGAGCAGGACCCCCUAACCCUUAUAGGACACCCCCCCCUAAGGUUCAAAUAUAAAACAAAAAAUAAAAAGCAAAUCUAUUUUUUAGACUAAAUGUUACUGUAGCGAGAGCUCAGCACAUGGACAGUUCUGAGUGACAUGGGCCACGGCGGACUGGUACUGCACCUGCACUCAAGGAGAUCUCUGUGUUCAGAAUUCAUAGCAAAAUAAAGACUUUACCGUUUAUUUUAUCACCAUCA